UCGGAUGAAAUUGUGACAAACAGUUUGAGUCGGUCGCUUUCGGGGGGUCUACACGUUGGAGAUACCAUCGAAAAUUUCGUAGGCAAGAACGAUUUGACUGCGGACGACCUUUCUGACUUCUUCGCCCAAAUAUCCAACUUGCCCUUACGCGUGUUCCAAAAGUAUGAAACACGUUUGAAAAAGCGAUUCGAUCAACUUUCAAAAAAUGCUGGAGAACAAAUAAAGAGGGCGCUUUAUGAAGGCUUCUCGAAACUUGCAUCAGUCUCGCUGCUGACGUCGACUGUCAAUUAUCCGACUGACUACGCACAUCUACCUGAGAACAGCGUUUUGCGAGCAGUUGUUGCGCAAUUUUGUGAGAAAUCUCAGUGUGAAAGAGAACUUCUGCAUGACCUACUGUCAACACUGGUUGGCCAUAUUCGGAGUGACGGCCACCGCCUUCCACCCUUGGAUCUUCAGUCCAUGUUAUCUUUGGUAGACUACCGCAACGACGAGCAGGCUCGCUUGAAUCUUCUUUCACUUGCUAUUGAGCAAAAAGAUCCUCAGAUAUUAUACGAACUCACUUGCCCGCAAUUGUUGAACGGCACUUCUACAUCCGCUUCAUACUGGACAACAGUCUCGAAAAAUCUGCCUGCUCUUAUACGUGUUCUGCCAGUGUCUCGGGCUAGAGCGGUAGUUAAUGGUUUGCUGAAGUUUGCGCUGCAGUGUGCUGAUAAUGGAGCUACAAAUCUCCGUGUACAUCAACGACUAGUAAAGGACGCCUCAACAUACGCCGUUACUAUUCACGAUGUAAAGAAAACC